GUUACGUAUUGAUUUUAGCGUCAUUUCGGUUAAAACUAUUUUCAUUUUUCGCAACACAAUCAAAGCAAAAUAAUACCGUUUUUAUUUGUGAAGAAUUCCGGCUUUCCAUAUCAACACGGACCUGUUUUAUAGUUACACUUUUUAGCACGUGAUAAAUUUUCCAUUUCGCAUCGGCGAUUAGUACAAUACGAGCUAUGAAUUUAAAAAAUUCCAAGUUUUAUAAGAGGAUUCAGGAGCUGCGCCAUUUCUCCAAGGAGAAGAUACGAAAGGGCCAUGAGCAGAGGACCAGGGUCACUCGCGUCCUGGACAUGGCGCUCAGCGAGCAGCCGUGCCCGGAUCGGGAAUGGUAUAGCCCGGAGCAAACGUCGCCUCUGCAGCCCAGUUCCCCUCGCCGUCGUGUGAAGAAGCUCAAGCGCGUUAAGAAGAAGGCUUCCGCCAGCAAUGAUUUGGCGGCCCCUUAUUACCAACUGACAAACGGACACAGCUCCGGCCAAAGUAGUCCUGGUGCUCCAGCGGAGGGCCAACUUCAGGGUUUUAUCCAGCUAAACAACACCACCUAUCGAGUGGAAUGCCCCACCCGAGUGGUUAAUCCGCCUAAGAGUAACGACGUCGAGCGGUGUGCCAGCGAAACCAAGAGCACCAUCUGCGUUUCCAACUCGCGAUACGCCAUGAUUGGCAAGAUCUCCAAGACCCUGGGUUACAAGUUAGUCAAGGAGUCCAAGAUGUGGAACAUUCUCUGGUCGGACUCGUUUCCCGGCGUUGAGCUCUUCAAGAACAUGAAACGCUUUCAGCAGAUAAAUCACUUUCCGGGCAUGAUCGAGAUCUGCCGCAAAGACCUGCUGUCGCGGAAUCUCAACCGAAUGUUGAAGCUUUAUCCGCAGGACUACAAGAUUUUUCCAAAGACCUGGAUGCUGCCGGCGGACUAUGGUGAUGCCAUGAACUAUGCCCUUAACCACAAGCGCACCUUUAUCCUGAAACCAGAUUCUGGGGCCCAGGGAAGGGGUAUUUGGCUGACCAACGAUUUAAAAACAAUCGGUCCUCAUGAGCGACUCAUCUGUCAGACUUAUGUACAUCGGCCCCUUUUGAUCGAUGGCUACAAGUUUGAUUUGCGGGUUUACACUCUAAUUACCUCAGUGGAUCCACUUCGCAUCUUUGUGUACAAUGAAGGAUUAGCCAGAUUUGCCACAAAUAAGUACGUGGAACCCACGCCAGGAAACGCCAAUGAUCUCUACAUGCACUUGACCAACUACUCGGUGAACAAGCGAAACUCGCACUACGAAUUGUGCGACAAUGAUGACUGUGGUAGCAAAAGGAAACUCAGUGCCAUUAACAACUGGAUGCGAAGGCGCAACUACGACGUGGAUGAGUUUUGGAGCAACGUGGACGAUGUGAUCAUCAAGACGGUGCUAAGUGCCUGGCCGGUGCUGAAGCACAAUUACCACGCAUGCUUUCCAGGACACGAUAAGAUUCAAGCCUGCUUCGAGAUACUCGGCUUCGACAUCCUGGUGGACUGGAAGCUGAAGCCCUACAUCCUGGAGGUUAACCACUCGCCCAGCUUCCAUACCAACGAACAGGUCGAUCGGGAGGUGAAGCGGCCCCUCAUCAGGGACACCUUGAAUUUGGUGAGCACUGUGCUGGCCGACAAAAAGCAAAUUCUCAGAGAGGAUCGGAAGAGGGUCAAACAGCGACUCCUUAAAAUCAGGGGCGAUCCGCCUGUGCAACGACCACGUAUUGCUGCUGGUGCAUCGAAAGCCAAGAUAGAUGGAAAGCUGGGCAGUCCGGAAUCCAAUCCGCAAGCUAAUCCCGCAGAGGCUCAAGCAGAGGCGGACGAUCAAGGUCCACUGGCCCAGCAAGUCGCCUGGGAAGAGAGCCAUCUAGGCAACUUCAGGAAGAUAAUGCCGCCGCCGGAUUUAUCAAAGUUGGACUACUAUACUCGUUUCUAUGCGCAGUCGAAUCAGGUGUCCAUUUUCGCCGAAACCGCAGCCAGUAAGAAGCGGGAAGAUUUGGCCAGAAAGAUGCGCAUCCAGAUCGAGGAGAAGAAGGCCAAGCAGCAGCAGAUGCUGAAUGGAAGAGCCAAGCGGGAAGCCCGGAAGCGUGUGAUGCUCCCCAGGGCGGUGCGCGAGAAGAACCGGAUAAAUCUCUUCCGGCUGAGGGAGAACUGGGCGCCAGGCUUCAUCUCGGAUGCAGAGGAGCGACUGCGUCACACUUGGCUACAUAUGCGCUCGGAGGCCAUAAGAACUCUAAAGAUCACAGAAAACAUCUACAGCACUCUUUACGAGGCCGGUCUAUUGACCAACACGGAUAUGGUCGUCUACCCACAUCUCUACCACAAUCUUCAGCAUGGCUUCGACAUCAGGCAAACCGUUUGAGCGGAUGCAGUUCUCCCCCGAAAUCUUAUUCAUGUUUUUCGACCCACACAGCCUACACACUGUCUAGAUGUGUUCUUAAAUCUGUUAUUAUUGAAAUUUAAAUUGCUGCUCGUCACAAAAAUAUAACACUUUCGAUCUUCAAAAACAA